UACCUGACUGGCCGUGUUUGAAGCGCAGCCGAGGUUUUCUGGGCCCCCUACGCUUCAGGUUAUUUCGUUCAUUACAUGCUCGGCUAACUUGGUAGUGCGCACGAUACUGGGGCCGCGCAGGAGCAUAUUGGCUCAGUGGUACGACUACGGCUGAAAACACGAGAUCAGCCGAAGGAAAAAGCCACACACAGCCGUGUGUAAGAAUAUUGAGUGAGUGAUACCCAUGUUGGCCAUCGAGCCGUCUGCACCGUGGCGAUACGAAGGAAAUAUAUGAUUUAUUGUGCACUGUAGAGAAGACGAUCAGAGUGUGUGUACUACUGCCAUAGACGCGGCGGCAUUCGAACUGCACUUUAGAAUUUCAAGUCUCGUGCUUGUGACAGAUAGCGCUUUGUUUACAUCGAUUACCAUCAGGAGAACAAUUGAUCAAUGCCCGUUUGCUGAAGGUCGUCAACUGCAGCUGGGCUGCGAGAUUACAGUUGUAUUUAUCUAUGGCGAGGCAGUGGGAAGCACUGAAUAGCCGUACGGCGUGAACGUGUAAAUACCAUUGGUCACCGCCUAUUGCCAUGCAAAUCAGGCUGUGUCACCGUUAAAGUCUGCUCGCCCUGUGUGCCACGCGGGUACCCAUUGAUCGGCCGUGGUCUGCUGAUGAUGAGGAUGGUGAUAUUAAUAAUACCCCUUUGUUUGACAUGGAGACUGGCAGUCGAGCGAAUCACUCGUUGGAUCUUCCCUGAAGUGUCAGUGUCGAGCAGUGUGCAGAGCUUGCCGCUCUGAUGGGGGAAAUUUUCGUCUUAAAAACCGACUGCGAUGUUUCUCAGCUCUCACAUGCACGGGGGCUCACUUCAAGGGUUCACCCAUUGAGAAAGCAUGUGUGUUGUGUUGUGUUCUGAGCUCUGCCAGACCCGUGUUCCACCUGCGCGGGACACUUACCGAGGUGUUCACAAUCAUGUUCUGGGCUCCGUCAGUUAGUGGGUUAUGACGACUUGAUAAACCAGCCGUAAGCUGAAAACCGGAUUGGAAUUAUACGGGAUUUGCGGAGUAUAGAAUGAAGCUGAAGCAGAGAGCUCUAGCUAUCAUGGUGGGCACCACCAUCAGCAUGGCUUUGGUCCUAAUGAUCCUGACGGUGGACCUGCACCCUGUGUCCACUUUCUACCAAGGGGCGAAGGUGCAGUCGGUCCAGGGAGGCCCCGUGGUGGUGGAGACGGGUCACGGGCGGGACGGCGGGGAGGAUCACCCCGUGCACCUCCGGCGCCAACUUGGCAAGAGCGCCUCCCGCUCGGGAGGCAAGGCGGCCAACCUGACAGUGGUCCGCCAUACGCACGACCUGGACUCCCUAUCCGACACGGCUGUGCAGCACGAGCACAGCAAGGAGGCCGCCUACAGAAAGACCAACUCGAGAACUAGUCCCGACGGGGCUGCCAAGCCCAACAACCUACGGACGCGGAGGACUAGACCCAAGGGUUUUCCGGACGAAGGAAACUUCUACAACUCAGACCACAAGUGGCUGAGGACCCAGCCUGAACAUAUCAAGCCCAAUACUGGGAAAUAUGACAAACUCAUGUCGCUGCCUUCUGCUACGAGUGUGCCCUCAAACGCUGACAAACUUGUACGACCAAAGAAAACAAAAGGGAAACACGACUUAAAAAUAUGGGAGACUUUUCAACUCAGCAUCAACCGUUUUGAAGUUUACUCUAACACGAGCGGGAUCGAUGAACUUUUGGAGUAUCUCAUGACGCAACCGAUCUACGAAGUCGACGAGAAAUCUGGAGGUACCCAAGUGAAACUAAUUUUAACCUUCGAAGAUGGCGGUCACGCUCUUUUCAAACCAUGGAGGGUAUCACGGGAGUACGAAACGUUGCCAAACCAUUUCUACUUUUCCGAUAUAGAGCGACAUAACGCAGAAAUAGCAGCUUUUCACCUUGAUAGAAUUUUAGAUUUCCGGAGAGCACCCCCUGUGGCCGGUCGCUGGUUCAACUUGACGUCCGACAUCUACGAUCUGGCUGACUCGGGUCUCCGGAAAACAUUCUUCCGUUCACCUGCCAAUAACAUAUGCUUUGUCGGUCAUUGCUCGUAUUACUGCGAGACGGAGACGGCUGUCUGCGGCAAGCCAGACAUGAUCGAGGGGUCAGUGGCGGCCUAUCUCCCGUCCUUCAAGGCGGCACCUCGCAAGACGUGGCGCCAUCCGUGGAGACGAUCCUACAGUAAACACAGAACUGCAAUAUGGGAACAGGACCCGACGUACUGUGAGCGGUCAGUCAUGACCAAGCACCCGUACAAGACCGGGCGGAGACUGCUCGAUCUCAUGGACAUGUCCGUUUUCGAUUAUCUGAUAGGUAAUAUGGACCGACAUCACUACGAGACAUUUGAGGCCUUUGGAAAUUUUACUUUCCCAAUUCAUUUAGAUCACGGAAGAGCGUUUGGAAAGCAUCACCACGAUGAGUUAUCCAUUCUUGCACCUCUCUUCCAAUGUUGCCUUUUACGCGAGUCGACGUACAAACGGCUCCAGCUUCUUGCCAGUGAAGAGUACCAGCUGAGUGACGUCAUGCGGGAGUCCCUGUCACGUGACAUGAUCUUCCCAGUGUUGUUAGAGGCACACGUAGAGGCGAUGGACAGACGACUCCAGACCAUCCUGGCUCAGGUGCACCGAUGCUUCCAGCGCAAGUCCAAGGAAGCCGUGCUCAGACCUGAGCCUCGCCUGGAGGACUACAGAGAGCCGGAGCCGUCGGCCAAGACUGGGGAAAACUUCGAUGAAGAGGAGUACUGAUGAACUUGAUGCCAAAGCACCCGCCCAAACUAAAAAAAAAAGGUGACAUGAUGGAAGUUUCAAAUACAUGCAGCUGUCCGAUUUCUUUGUGAUUCGCAAAUGGACCAGACGGUUUGUGCCUGUUUGACGAGAAUGAUGCCUUUGUAUAAGACUGUAGUGAGGGCGCAACUUGGUCCAUCAACAAAAACUUAUGUCGUGAUACAGGCAAGAAAUCGCAGGCUCCGUGGCCUACCAUGGCCGCUAUAGCUGAAGGAAAUGAACGCUUUGUUUCUGAGAUUAUACCGCGCACUUCAAUUUUGCCGCUGGAGGUCAAGGAUCGUGAUAUUGCCAUCUCUCGGAGGAUGCAAAUAUCAGCGGUAUAGAAAUACGCAAGAUCGUGUGAUUGUUUUUUCGCAUAAUGUGUGUUCUCUAUUGAGGUUGCUAGAUUUAAGAUUCUUAUAAAUGGAAUAUAGGCACAAAGAAAUGGCCUCUCAGAUUAAAAGCAGUUCGGAAGGACUGGCCCACAAAUUAAUCUGACGACUCGCCCCAAUCAGCCCAUAGUCUGGUCGUUUAACAGAGGUUUGGGUACAAGACAUAGUGCGGUCUUUUUUUUAAGAAUUGAUUUUUUUCUGGGUUUUUUUAUUUUCUUUGAUAAAUACAAAGAUUCUUGGAUCUGUGAUGAGACUGUCCGAAGAGCUGAAAAGCGAUUGCCAUGGAAGUAAAAAAGCUUGCUUGGCAGUUUGUCCAGUUUAUGUUCAAGGUAUUUUGUAGUUUAUUUUAGUAAAGCAUAUUGAUGUUCUCCAGUCCAAGGUUAAUGGCUAGCACUUCUUUGCCUUAGUUGAUACUAAGUCAUCCUCCUUGGCAGAGGUUCGAGGUUACUUUUCUAGUCUAGUUUUUCCAAAUUUUUGGUGAAAGUUGCCCCAGGUAGCAUUGACAAUCGUUAAAAAGUGAUGAAAAUGUUAUUCAGGUUCAAAAGGGAUUUUUGGAUGGAUCAAAACAACAGCUGCAGCCCCUUAUAGCCGCAAAUGCUAAAUUUACUUUCUUUAAGCCCUAUUUUCUCUUUUUUUAGUAAACCUAUUCAAAACCAAAACGUGAAGCUGUAGAUAUUCCACCACCAAAAUUUUAGCGAUUGAACUUGGCAAAAUAAUUCGGAAAAUGUAACCGAAUGAAGGCCAUGGCACCUACAACAAAAUGGAUUGGAAAAUUCAGUAGUGAGUGUGGAAAACAACAAUAUGUUUUAUUUCUGUGUUGCUGUCGAUAAAAAAUAGUCAAGGCAGGUUCCAUUUUUAAGAAAAAAAAUUAUCCUUUGGAAGAGACUCUUUUGAAAAUAAAUGAGUUGUUUUUAGUGAGAGUUUAUCGCACGGGAGCACAGUGACUAUUUUGCCCAGAAACUGUAAAAGACAACGUAUUGUGUACGUUGAGGUUGAUAUUUUAUCGCACUUGUUAUAAUUAUAAGUUUAAGAGGGAUGGAAGAACUAUUGCACGUCCUUGUGAGACUGCUUAAACAAGUUAUCUUUAAGCUCACAAUAUCAGCUCACAUUUUGUACAUGAUUGAAUUUGCAGCACCGAAUGUACUAAUUUUACGUUUUGCUGGUGUACAUGUUGCUUUUUAAAUGGGGCUUAAGUUGAUUUUAAAGUUUUUUAAAAACGCACUGAGGCAGUGAGAAACUUCAAGAAGAGAUAUGGGAAACUUGCCGUUUGAUUUAAAAAGAAAGAGUGUUUCCGUGCGUUGAAAUAUAACGCGGGAAAAAUGAAAAUGCCCAACUUGAAUGUGUCCAAGCAACAGGAAAAUGUGUUAUAUCUUCUGAAGUAGAAGCACGAACUUUCAAUCCAGAGAUUAAAGUUUCAAUAUAUAGGACAGAUGCUUUGAAGGUGCCAUUUUCAAGGUCAGAGUCAUAAUUUGAACUUAUUCUUUGGCCAAAAUUAGCGUGUUUCAUAUGUUGUAUAAGUUCACGUAAUUCAGUGGGUGUGUUUAAAGUUUCACUUCCCACUCUUCCUAAGAUGACAACUUUUCUAAGAUGAUACCUUUUCUGCUCGGAAAGAAAAGCAGAAUUGAAGAAUCAAAAAUAUUUCGAUAAACAGUCGGGCUGUUGAUUACGGAAGAAUUUUGAUUGGUAGAGAGUUGCAAUCUUAAAUAGAUAGCCAUUUUGAGAAAAAAAAUGACAAGGCCUUGUUAAGAGAAAAGAGAACAUUAUCAUUUUUCUUGUUUGGCAACACUUCUUUUGCGUUUUUGAAGACUGUAUUUAAACACUAUAUUAGCUCCCUGUAAUAAUUAUAUAUGGUAAUGGUUAUCAGCUGAAAAUUUAAAGACCAAAUCGAAGUUGGCAACGGUGUUUAUUUACUCACCGCAUUGUAAUGAAUUGCUGGCAACGGCUUCAGUUUGGGUCUACAACAGGAUUCGUUGUUUCUUUCAAUUAAAUCAUAUACGAUUGAAGUUAACGGUUUCCUGCACGUCCAGAGAGCUAGGCAAAAUAUCACGCGAGAGCGUUUAUUGCUUUUAAAAGGUUCAACGAUUUUCAUAGUUCAUGAUACGACCCUGUUGGUUUUUCUUUCAGAAUAGCUUAAUUGUGCAUUUAGCAAGAAUUUGAUGGUUCAGCUCUCUCACGUUUCAUAGUAGACCUAACUCUGUCUUUGACUUUACGCUUUUAAAGUGAAUCAUUUCUUUUUAAACAACUACCUUACGCGAUGCCAAAAUUCCGUUCAAUCGCAUCGCUACCGUGCCUUUAUAAUAUUCAUUGUAAAUCGUAUAAUUGAAUGCAUUUUCCGAUUACAAAAAUAGAAAACUCAUAUUUUCAUUCAUGGUAAACAGUCUGAUGAAUGAUCAUUUUCACUGACGUCAUGCAUUUCCCCACCAACUUCUUGGUUUAUGCAUUAUCCAUGUUCUGCCGUGUCAGAAAACGGAGUUUUCAUUUUCCGACUAUACGGCUGUUUAUCCAUGAUACGGCAAAAGACAAAUAGCGUCAUGUGUGGAUAUUUGAAAAGCCUGGUAUUGGAACUUCCGCCUGUUUCAUCUGCUCUAUUAACUGGAUAUAUUCAUAGCGACGGUUUGGAUAGAAAUGUGAAAACCGAGUUUCUGAAUUGUCCAAAAGUGUUGCUGAAAUUGCUCGUGAUGUGAGAAAGACUCAAAGAUGACAGACCAAAGAGGAUUACGAGAAAUGUGGCGUGCAGUGCAAAAGAUCUUAUUGGUCAAUGUCCCCUUUUACGUUUAUAUUGUUUUGAAGUCAAUUGAAGUUGAUUUGUUCGUAAUCAUGCUUUAUUCUGUAGCUUUUUCUUAAUGUGCAAUGGAUUGAUAUAGGUUGGAGCAACUUUAAAAUUGAUUUUUUUAACUCUUUGUUUUCUCAGUAUAUUGCUUAAUUUAAUAUCGAAUUUGCUCUGUACAUAAAAAAUGAUUGCUUUAUUUUAAAGUAUAAGUUUGAGAAUAUAUUGAUAUUAAAGUGCAUCGACUUUAUACUAAAAAGCAA